CAAUAGAAACUUCCAGUGAACAUUACUCUGCCAGGGCGAGCUUGUUCACCCAUGCCAAAAAGCUGUGAACAGAAACGUUUCUUCCAUUCCUUGAGUCACGGACUCACGAGGAGCCACGAUAUGAAGCGACGCUGAACAAUGAUUGGUAAUCUUACUCAUAAAGUCCAAACUAGUCCUCGUAGUGAUAGAGUCGAGGGAAGCUAUAAAUCUUGCCGUUACAUUUUUUAAACCCCAAUAAUGUUAUUGUUAACAUUUUUAGGUCAAAGACAAAAUUAAACUACUGAUCAUUAUACUCUUGAUAAAACUGUAAUCUUCUUCUCCUCAUCUGAUUUUUGUUUUUUUGUUUCAAUGAAAAUUCAACACAUUUUAAAAGUUAGGGUUUAUAAGUAGAAGUGAAAGAAGCACAAGAAGAGACAGAGAAGAAAUCUCUGUAGAACAGAAUGAAAUGGGUAACAUUACUUAAAGAUUUUAAAACCAAAGUUGGUAUCACUACUCAAUCUCCUUCAUCUUCUGCACUUAUCCAUGGAGAUACCAGUACUUCUUCAGCACAUGAAUUUUCAACUUCCCUUUCAAGAGACAAACAAGAAUUGGAGUUGGACUUCAAGAGGGUUUGGGAAGAGUUCCGGUCAUCCAGCUCCGAAGAGGAGAAAGAAGCAUCCGUAAACAUGGUCAUAGAUGUCUUCUGUAGAUUAGUGAAGCUGCAAGCUGAUAUACCUCAUUUACUUACAUUGUUAGAUGAAGCCAAAUUGUUCCCAUUUGUUGUGGGAAGGGCAUUUGUGACUGAUAUUGGGAAGUUGAAUAUAUUUUGGAAGAUGAGGUCAUUCGACGGCAUGGAAGUAGUAAAGUUCUUUUCACAAGUUAACAAGGAAGGCAUAAUUCCUGGUUUAAAUCUGUUAUAUGCUGUGGAAGUCCUGGCAUCUGGGUUAGUGGAUAAGCAGCCUCUCCUGGAUUCUGGGAUUCUUUGUUGUCUAGUUCAUAUUCUGUAUGCCCUUUUGAACAAUAAUAUCUCUGAUCAAGUGGAACUGGCAGUUAACACUGGAGACUCAACUGUACUUGAAAAAGAUCCCGAAGGAAAUGUGAAAGAAGUCCAACAGCUUGAGGUAGAAGGGAGUAUUGUACAUACUAUUAAAGCACUGGCAAGCCAUCCUUCUGCUGCACAGAGUUUGAUUGAUGAUGAUUCACUUCAGUUACUCUUCCGAAUGGCUGCAAGUGGGUCUCAGAUGGUUUCUUCACAGUUUAAAAUUGAUCUUCGUCCGUUGCACACCAUGCAACUUCAUCGUCAUGCCACGCAGAUACUUGGUCUUCUUUUGAUUAAUGACAAAGGAACUACAGCAAAAUAUAUACGCAAACAUUGUCUGAUAAAGGUGCUUCUAAUAGCUGUUAAGGAUUUCAAUCCUGAGAUGAAUGAUUCAGUGUACGCAGUGAGUUUAGUCGAAUUGCUACUUGAGUGUGUGGAAUUAUCAUACAGAUCUGAAGCUGGUGGGGUCAAACUCAGGGAGGAUAUACAUAAUGCUCAUGGCUACCAGUUCCUGGUUCAGUUUGCUUUGAAACUUUCUACCUUACAGGAUAACCAUAGCAUUCACCAAAUCGAUCCUGACCUCACUUCUGGAGACGGCUCUGCUUUCGAUAUCUCUCGACAGUCUUCUAAUGUGGAAAGGCAGGAUUACAGAGGCGAAGAAAUGGGUGUAUCAUCGUCACUGUCCAGGUUGUUUGAUGUUUUUGUUAAUCUGGCCCUAACAGGUCCCACAGAGCUUAGUGGAACAGUUGGUAUUCAUGGCAUAUUUGCCGGACAUGGUAGAAUUCUUACAGCAUCUUCUGAGAUGAAUGACGAUAAAACUAGGGUCAAUACUGGCUCACAAAUCAAAGAUCUUGAGGCAAUUCAGAUGUUGCAGGAUAUUUUUCUUAAGGCCGAGAACGUACAAGUGCAGGAAGAAGUACUAAAUAGAAUGUUUAAAGUAUUCUCAUGCCAUCUAGAGAACUACAAGUUGUGCCAACAGUUGCGGACAAUGGCUCUCUUCAUCCUAAAUAUGGCAAACUUUCCCCUGUCACUGCAGGAGGCUAUCUUGAAAAUCGUAGACUAUGCUGUAACUGUUGUUAAUUGUGUUCCUGAACAGGAAUUGCUUUCCCUUUGCUGCUUAUUGCAGCAGCCAAUAACAUCUUCAUUGAAGUAUACAUUUCUUUGUUUCUUUAUAAAGCUUUUAUCCUUUGAUCAGAAGUACAAGAAAGUACUGAGAGAAGUUGGUUUUUUGGAAGUUCUGUUGGAUGAUCUCAAGCAGCAUAAGUUUAUAUCUGUCUCAGAGCAGGAAAAUAAACUUCUAGAAGCAAAGGUUAGUGUAAUCAGCUUCGAAAAACAGACUGUUGGUGAAGCUGGUAUUGGAUCCAAACCCAAGCUUUGGGAAUCCAGUUCUGGCAAAUUACUUUUUGAAUCUGAGGUCACAGUCUCUGUUGCAUGGGAUUGUAUGUUCUUCUUAUUGAAGAAAGAUGACUCCAAUCAAUCAGCAUUUCGAUCAUCUAACGGUGUAGCUAUCGUUCUCCCUUUUUUGGCAUCAGAUAGUCACCGGUCAGCGGUUCUUCGGAUACUGUCAUCCUUAAUUAUAGAAGAUGUUACGCAGGCUUACCCAAAAGAUCUUGGCGCACUUAUUGAAGUUCUGAAAACUGGAAUUGUAUCAACUAUUUCUGGAUCUCAUUUCAAGCUUCCGAUGCAAGGAAAGUGCGACACUUUUGAAGCUGUAUGGCGCAUUGUGAGGGUUAAUAAAUCAGCACAAAGGGUAUUUGGAGAAGCCACUGGGUUUUCCCUUUUAUUGACGACACUCCAUAGUUUCCAGGGAAAUGAAGAUUGUACUGAUGGCAGUCAAUCUUUACUUGACCACAUGAUGGUUUUUGCGUCUUUAUUGCGUGUUGGAACGGCUGGAGUGUGUGGCAGUGCUGCUAAUCGAGUGAGGAUACACUCAAUCAUAUCAUCACAGACCUUUUAUGUUCUUUUAUGUGAGUCCGGUUUGCUUUGUUUGCAUUUUGAAAAGCAAGUCGUUCAGUUACUGGCUGAACUUGCACUUGAAAUAGUGAUCCCACCAUCCAAUACACCAGUAGCAGAAGGUCAGAUGUCAUCUGAUAUGGUUGAAGUUGAUUCUGGUAACUUUCUCGGGAGUACUGUAUUUCGCUCUACUAGUCAAGAGAAGGAACGAGUAUACAAUGCUGGUGCUGUAUUGGUGCUGAUCCGUUCUUUGUUACUAUUUUCUCCAACUAUGCAACUAGAAGUUCUUGAUUUUAUUGAAAGGCUUUCUCGUGGGGGUCCCUUCAAUCAAGAAAACCUUACUUCCAUAGGUUGUGUGGGACUUCUGCUGGAUACUGUUCACCCGCUUUUUUUGGGCUCAUCAGCAUUGCUUAACCAUGCAUUGAAGAUUGUAGGGCUCCUAGCACCCUACAGGUUAUCAUCGUCGGAGCUUCGUGUGCUUGUUAAAUGUAUUCUGGAAUACAGAUUAGUGAAUUCCGGUGUUAUUCUCAUUAACAUCAUUAAGAAUUUAGUUCAUAUGGAAGAUAUAACCACAGACUCUGUUUGUAUGGCGCCAUAUGUAGAGAUGGAUAUGAGCAAGGUUGGGCAUGCUUCUAUUCAAGUUCCGUUAGGGGAAAGGUCAUGGCCUCCUGCUGCUGGUUAUUCAUUCUUAUGCUGGUUUAAAUAUCAGAAUUUCUUGAAAUCUAAGGGAAACACAUCAGAACUUCCUUCGAAGUCAGGCCCUUCUAGACGCCAAAAUAACUUCAGAGGGCAACUUCCAGAAAACUAUGUUCUUCGGAUCUUUUCAGUUGGCACAGUUGAUGAUAGCGGUGCACUGUAUGCAGAACUUUACCUUCAGAAUAAUGGGCUCCUAACUCUUGCCACUAGCAACUCUAGCUCCUUAUCUUUUCCGGGAAUGGAACUAGGCGAAGGGAGGUGGCAUCACCUUGCUAUUGUUCACAGUAAACCUAAUGCUAUAGCAGGAUUCUUCCAAGCUAGUUUUGCAUCCCUAUACGUAAACGGAAAGUUGAUGCUCUCAGGAAAACUGGCUUAUUCCCUAUCUCCAGUUGGGAAACCUUUGCAGGUAACCCUAGGGACACCAAUUACUCAGGCUAAAAUCGGUGAUUUGUCAUGGAAGCUUCGUUCUUGUUAUCUUUUUGAGGAAGUGCUCACAUCAGGCAGUAUCUACUUCAUUUACAUUCUUGGCCGAGGAUAUAGAGGAGUCUUCCAAGAUACAGAUAUUAUGCGCUUCGUUCCUAACCAAGCUUGUAUUGGGGUCAAUUUGGAACUCUUGGCUUCGCUGGAUGCUGAAAUACCAUCUAACAAGCAAGGGCUUGAAAAUACUGGUAAACAAGGAAACCAUAAAGCAGAUGGCAAUGCCAUUAUAUGGGAUCUGGCAAGAAUCAGGAACCUCUCACUGCAGCUAUCCGGAAAGAAACUCAUAUUUGCGUUUGACGGAACAUCUUCCCAAACUUUUCGAGAAACUGGGACAUUAUCAAUGCUUAACCUAGUUGAUCCAUUGUCAGCAGCUGCUUCCCCUCUCGGAGGCAUACCACGUUUUGGCCAUUUUGAUGGAGAUAUCUAUAUCUGUAGGCAACGUGUAAUUGGAGAUGGCAUCCGUAUGGUAGGGGGAAUUCCUGUUGUCUUAGCUCUCAUUGAAGCUGCUGAAUCUAGGGAUUUUCUACACAUGUCCCUUGCAUUGCUUGCUUGUGCACUACAUCAGACUUCUCAAAAUCUGUAUGACAUGAAAGCUUGCAGAGGAUACCAUUUGCUUUCAUUAUUCAUGCAUCGAAGAAUGUUACUCCUUGAUAUGCAGUGUCUUGAAAUUUUAUUUCGGAUUGCUGCUUGCGAGGCUUCAUCUUCUGAGCUGCAGAAAUUGUUCAAGAAACAAAAUGUGACACCCUCAGCAUAUGCUGAACCUGAAUCAGAUGAUUUUAGCAAAACAGAGUCAUCCAAUUUUAUCUCUGGGGGUGAAAACAGUGAGCUGCUCGCAAAAAUGUCAAGUUGUAUCGUUUUGUCAAACGCGGAUAUGGUGGAGCAUGUCCUUUUAGACUGGACCUUGUGGGUUACUGCUCCUGUUUCCAUCCAGAUUGCAUUACUUGAUUUUUUUGAGCGUCUAGUAUCUUUGCAUAGGUACAGGACUCAUAACUUAACUGCCCUGCGCCGGAUCAACCUCGUCCAACAUUUACUAGUAACUCUUCAAAGGGGAGAUGUGGAAAUUCCUGUUCUGGAGAAACUGGUUGUGUUACUUGGUGUCAUUUUAGAAGACGGGUUUCUGGGCUCUGAACUAGAACAGGUGGUUAGGUUUGUUAUUAUGACAUUUCAUCCACCUGAGCUAGCAUCAGGGCAUCAAAUCAUUCGAGAGUCUAUGGGUAAGCAUGUAAUUGCAAGGAAUAUGCUACUGGAAAUGCUUAUUGACUUACAAAUGACCAUAAAUUCAGAAGAGUUGCUUGAACAAUGGCAUAAAUUAGUAUCAUCUAAGUUGAUAACAUAUUAUCUCGAUGAGGCUGUUCAUCCUACUACAAUGAGAUGGAUCAUGACACUUCUUGGUGUUUGUCUUGCAUCUUCUUCUAUGUUUUCGCAUAAAUUUAGGAUCAGCGGAGGUUAUCAAGGUCUUACAUGCAUGGUUAGAAGCUUCUAUGAUUCUCCAGAGAUAUACUACAUUCUAUUGUGUACAAUAUUUGGGAAACCUGUGUAUCCAAGGUUGCCAGAAAUUCGCAUGUCAGACUUCCAUGCUCUAAUUCCAAUCAAUGGUAAAUAUGAAGAAUUGAAUUUCGUUGAACUUCUGGAAGCCGUGAUUGCCAUGGCAAAAUCUACGUUUGAUAGGUUAAGCAUUAAGUCAACUCAGGCCCACCAAAUUGGAAUCUUCUCACCUGUCGGUGCUAGCCUUGUGGCAGAGAUUGUAGAAGCAACAACAGAUACAACAGGAGAACUUCAUGGUGAAGCUAUAGUACAUAAGACGCAUGCUGCUCGGCUAAUAGGUGGGGACACAACAGCUCCUGCUGUUGCUUCUUCAGUCCUGAGAUUUAUGUUUGAUCUAGCAAAAACAUGCCCAUCAUUCUCAGCUGCAUGUAGAAGGGUGGAAUUUCUUGAAAGUUGCGUGGAUCUAUACUUCUCCUGUGUCAGUGCUGCUUCUGCAAUAAAGAUGGUGAAGGCUCUCUCCACAAGAACGCGUGAGAAUUUAACCAGUUCCGGAGAUUCCCAAACUUCUCAAUAUGAAUUCUUGAGCUUGUCCACUGAACAAGAGCUGCAUGUCAGACCUUCUUUAAAUCCUCAAAGUUCUCUUCAGGUGGAGGCAGUUACAAGUUGUGAAGAUAUGAUUGAAAAUGACUUAGUCGACAUAAACCACAUUAUGUCAGGGGAGGAAUUAGUCAAGCCACUCAUGCUUGAUUGCCCAGUUCAGAAAUUUGAAGGAUCUUCUGCGUUCAAAAGUGAAGCUGAUACUCUCCAAGAUCUCAAAUCCAAAUCUCAGCGGUCUGAUUCAGUUAAUAUGUGUUUUGUUAUUCACCCUAGCGAUUUACUUGAAAUGGAUGAUUUGGGAUAUGGAGGUGGUCCAUGUUCUGCAGGAGCUACUGCUGUCUUGGAUUUCAUUGCAGAAGUUCUUGCUGAUGGUGUGGCGCAGCAGAUGAAACCAACAUAUGUUGAGAGCAGUUUGGAAACUGUUCCUUCACAUGUGAAUGUUCAGUCAAAAUUAGUUUUCCAGGGCUUGUGCCUUAGUAGAUUGAUGAACUUCCUUGAGAGGCGUCUCAUGCGUGAUGACAAGGAAAACAAGAAAACAUUUGAUAAGAGUUUCUGGUGUCUAAAUUUGGAUGCGUUGUGUUCCAUGAUUGUGGAUCGUGUAUACAUGGGUGCUCUGCCUAAACCAGGUGGUGUACUUACUACUUUAGAAUUCUUGCUAUCUAUGUUGCAUUUAUCUAACAAAGAUGGCCGAAUUGAAGAAGUGUCAAAUACUGGAAAAAGUUUUCUGUCUAUGGCAAAAGGAAGCAGGCAACUUGAUCCUUUCGUGCAAACCCUAUUAAAAAAUACAAACCGCCUGAUAAUGUACUGCUUCUUGCCAUCAUUUUUAACCGCUAUUCAGGAGGCAGAUCUUCUUAAACUCUUAGGUUUUCCAAUUGAACCUAGAAAGACUUUGUAUUCAAACUAUUCACAACAAGAAUCUGAGAUUGAUAUUACCAGUGUCUUACAGUUAUUAGUUGCUCAUAAAAGCAUUAUAUUUUGUCCCAGUAAUCCUGAUACUGACCUAGACUGUUGUCUAUGUUUUAGUAUAAUCUCUCUUCUAUAUGACAAAAGGCGAAGUGCGAAGAGCAUGUCAGUGGAUGUUAUCAAGUAUCUUUUGGUGCAUCGUCGUGCUGCAUUAACGGAAUUGCUUGUUCUGAAAAGAAACCUAAGGCAACAGUUGGAUGUUCUACACGGUGGAUUUGAUAAGUUAUUAACUGGAAGUUCUUCCGAGUUCUUUGAAUGGCUUCAAAGUUCUAAGGAUGUAAUCAAGGAAGUGUUGGAGCAGGGUCCUGUUGUUACGUGGAUGCAGUAUAUUUCUGGAUCCAAAGAAUUUCCUAGGAUGACUGUAAAAGCUGUGGAGGAUCCUCAUCAGAGAGAAACAGGAAGAAUAUCACAUGAUACUUCAAAGCAUGACAUAAGGCACUGGGAUCAGAUGACUGAGCGUAGGUACGCACUUGAACUGGGUCGCGAUGCAAUGUUGACCGAACUGAAAUUAAUUCGCCAAGAUAAGUAUGGAUGGGUUCUCCAUGCUGAGAGUGAGUGGCAAAUCCAUCUCCAACAACUUGUUCAUGAGCGAGGAAUACUACCAAUUCCAGAAUCCAUCACCAGAUCCGAGACUAAAUGGCAACUAUGCUCGACUGAAGGACCAUAUAGAAUGAGGAAAAAGCUCGAGCGCUGCAAACUGAAAAUUGACACAAUUCAUAAUGUUCUUAAUGGUCAGUUCAUAUCUGUAGCAUCCAAGGAGAAAAAUGAGAAUGGUUCUGACACAUCCAGAAUUGAUUCUGAUUCAUUUUUCCACCUAUUAUCCAAGGGUUUCAAAGAGAGCUGCUAUAAUGGUGAAGAUGAUGGUUCCAUACCUAAUGGAAUAAGCAGUAUAAGAGAGGAGUCAACUUCCUCAAAUAGGAUUGGUUCUAGUGAAAUGGCUUGCAGUUUAAACGAAUCAAGUGUUGAUCCUGCUCGUGAAGUUGGGUGCAAAUCAAGUGAAAGUUCUAUUCCGAUAACUGAUAGCACCAGUACGAAGUACCAUCCAGGUUCUCCAAGGAAGUCCUCCAUUAAAAAUGAGGAUCCAAAGGUAACAGAGGACAGGUUGGAUAAGGAAGUCCAUGAUAACGGGGAGUAUCUAAUUAGACCUUAUUUGGAACCUCUAGAGACGGUCAAUUUCAGAUAUAAUUGUGAGCGUGUGGCUGGCCUUGACAAGCAUGAUGGCAUAUUUCUUAUAGGUGAGCAAUGCUUAUAUGUUAUUGAGAAUUUCUACAUAGAUGACUCUGGGUGCAUACGCGAAAAAGAAAUAGAAGAUAAACUCUCAGUCAUUGAUCAGGCUCUGGGUGUGAAGAAGAGUACAAGUUACCAGUCAAAGUCACCUCCUAAACAGAAUGAUUCUGUGAAGGAAUGGAUUGGUGGAAGAGCAUGGGCGUACAAUGGUUGUGGACAGGAAAAGGACAAAACAUGUUACAGCGAAAAUGUGCCUCAUUCGUGGUGUAUGUGGAAGCUUGAUAGCGUUCAUGAGAUCUUGAAACGUGAUUACCAGCUCCGUCCAGUAGCGAUUGAGAUAUUUAGUAUGGAUGGAUAUAAUGAGCUUCUGGUGUACCACAAAAAAGAGAGAGAUGAAGUUUUCAAAAAUCUGGUUCUCAUGAAUCUUCCGAGGAAUAGAAUGUUAGACACAACUAUUUCAGGAACAUCUAAAGAAGAUGGCAGUGAGGGAACCCGUCUUUUCAAGAUUAUGGCUAAAUCCUUCUCCAAGAGGUGGCAAAAUGGUGAAAUUAGUAAUUUCCAGUACCUCAUGCACCUCAACACUCUGGCAGGGCGUGGAUAUAAUGAUCUAACACAGUAUCCAGUAUUUCCAUGGGUUCUUGCUGACUAUGAGAGUGAAACACUGGACUUAACAGAUCAGAACACGUUCCGCAAACUCGACAAACCAAUGGGAUGUCAAACUGCAGCAGGGGAGGAAGAAUUCAAGAAAAGAUACCAGAGCUGGGAUGACCCUGAAAUUCCAAAAUUUCACUAUGGCUCUCAUUAUUCUAGUGCUGGAAUUGUAGUUUUUUAUCUAGUGCGUCUGCCGCCAUUCAGUGAAGGAAAUCAGAAGCUACAAGGAGGAGACUUCGAUCAUGCAGAUCGUCUUUUCAAUAGUGUGAGAGACACAUGGUUAAGUGCAUCUAGAACGAAUAACACAUCCGAUGUGAAAGAACUGAUUCCAGAGUUUUUCUACCUGCCAGAGUUCUUGGAAAACCAGUUUAAUCUCGACUUGGGAGAGAAACAAUCUGGAGAUAAGGUUGGUGAUGUUGUAUUACCGCCUUGGGCCAAUGGUAGUGCCAGAGAGUUCAUCAGGAAGCAUAGGGAAGCAUUGGAAUCAGACUAUGUUUCAGAAAAUCUGCAUCACUGGAUAGACUUGAUCUUUGGUUACAAACAAAGAGGAAAGGCGGCGGAAGAUGCCCUAAAUGUUUUCUUUUAUUACACGUAUGAAGGGAGCGUCGACAUAGACUCCCUUAGUGACCCUUCAAUGAAGGCCUCCAUAUUGGCGCAGAUUAACAACUUCGGGCAGACUCCCAGGCAGCUAUUCUUCAAACCUCAUGUGAAGCGGCGGGCUGAUAAGAAACCACCGCCAUAUCCACUCCAACACUGUAACCUUCUGGUUCCACGUGAAAUUCGUAAAUUUCCGUCCUCGAUUACUCAGAUUGUUAUUUUCCAUGAGAAGAUCAUUCUGGCUGGUCCUAAUAUGUUGCUUAAACCGAAAGCAUAUAACAAGUAUGUCUCUUGGGGAUUUCCAGACCGAAGCUUGAGAUUUAUAAGCUACGAGCAAGAUAAAAUCCUGUCUACACAUGAGAGUCUUCAUGAGGGAAACCAGAUUCAGUGUGCUAAAGUUACCCUUGAUGGCCAGACCCUGGUAACUGGCACAGAAGAUAGCGUAAUCUCUGUCUGGCAAAUUAGGAAAAGUGGACCUCGUGGAAUGCGGCAUUUGCAUUUGAAACGAUCACUCUGUGCUCACACAAACAAAAUAACAUGCCUACACGUUAGCCAACAGUAUAUGAUGAUUGUGAGCGGAUCUGAUGACUGUACUAUCAUUCUAUGGGAUCUCAGCAGCCUAGUCUUCGUGAAGCAACUUGCUGUUUUCACAACACCAAUUUCAGCAAUAUAUAUGAAUGACCUAACAGGAGAGAUUGUCGUAGCAGCUGGGACUCUGCUUUCUGUCUGGAGUGUCAAUGGUGAUUGUCUAGCAGUGAUCAACACUUCUCAACUUCCUUCUGAUUUUGUCCUUACAGUGGCCACUUCUACCUCUUCAGAUUGGCUCGACACAAACUGGUAUGUAACUGGUCAUCAAAGUGGGUCCAUCAGGGUAUGGCAAAUGAUACAUUGUUCCGAAGAGACAAAUGUAAGCAAGUCAACCACCAAGCUAUUGGAAGGAUUCCGAAUAAAUGAUAAGGUCCCAGAAUACAAGUUGGUCCUUCGCAAGGUACUGAAGUUCCACAAGCAUCCAGUUACUGCCCUUCAUCUUACUUCCGACCGUAAGCAACUUUUAAGCGGGGAUGCUAACGGCCAUUUACUGUCUUGGAGUCUUGCGAAUGAAAACUUGAUACCUGGCGAUAAUGGGAGUUGAUAAUACUCUUCAGGCAACUUAUGUUUGCUGCUUUUCACAUACUCGCGUAGGACUCGCCCUCACCCACAAGUGUCUGAUGUAAGAAAUGGCUACCUGGGUCUUCAGCUGAGAAAGAUGCUGAAUCCACAAGGAUGAGAUGGUAAAAAUAAACUGAAAUGGCACUUGAUUACAGGCAGAUGCAUGUUCGAAAUGGUGAUCCGGAAAAAUGAAACUAGUUAUUGUUGCUUGUGUAUCCUUGUCCCUGCAUUUUACUAAUAAUUACAGAAGAGUAGAAGACCAUGUCUCAGUUAUUGGGGGACAUGACUUGUAACCUUAACCUUGUAAAUUGAUGGUGAUAAUGUUGUACAAUAUAUCACAGUUGGAAAUUUUCCUAGAAUUACAGUGUACAAGUAUAACAAUAAACAAGAUCUUACCUUUUAAGGUAAUGGAAUAUGAAUGGUACAAAUAUUUUUGUUCUU